AUGGAUCACACAAAGCGGGAUACAUCCAAUUUCCGCCGCCUCAUCAGCACCUUCAAAAGUCCUGUUAAAUCAUCAUCUUCUUCCGCCUCUAUCUCGUCAUCUUCCCCUGCGUCUUUAAACUUUUUCAAGCCGUUCAUAGUUCCUAUGCCAAAUCCGCAAUGGAAGAAGCAACCGGUUCAACAAACACCAACUAGCAAUAGUAGCGGAGAUAAUAGUAGCACUGUUGACACUGCAGAAGGUUCUCGUACCUUGAUGAGGUGGGGACAGCAGCAAUUACAUCCUCUGGGUUUGUUAGGCGGGAAGAAGUUGAGUUCUCAGGACCGGGAUCUGGAUUUGACGUUUGAUGCAUUUGAUCGGGAGCUAUUAGCUCAGCUGGAGAGAGGAGAGGAGCAACAACUUGAUGUCCCUGAUGCUAAUGUGCAGGAAGAUGAAUCGGAGGAUCUAUACGGUCCUACGCUGGCGCCUAUACCGCCAAAGAACUCCAAAUUUUUUCAAAGCUCUGCGAAUGCUACUUCCACUACUAUGUCCACCCCUUUUCGAAAACAGGUGUCAAGUUCAUCUGAAGUUGGACUGUUUUCCAGCCCAUCACUUGCCGUCAAGACCCGAAAGAGACCACCCCUUUUUCCCAAGGAUGGUGUGCAUGAUGAUGACCAGGAGCUUGGAAAGUCCUCAUUUUCUCCCCAGACCAUUUCAUCUCCAGAGCAGCAGACCAAGGCUACCCUUUCAUUCUCUCCACUUAAAUCCCAUGAAAUUCAAUUGGAUCAUGCACUGCCCAUGAUACAAGGGAUCCGGCUUGUAUCUACGCAUGAACUCCCGGACCGUUUUCGAUCUAUUUUCCCCUUCCCUAUAUUCAAUGCUAUUCAGUCCAAGAGCUUUCGUUCUAUCUACCAAGGAGAUGAUAACUUUGUCCUCUCAGCUCCCACUGGGAGUGGUAAAACAGUAGUCAUGGAGUUGGCUAUCUGUCGACUAGUGACAAACUUCAGGAACUGCCGGUUCAAAGUGGUAUACCAGGCACCAACCAAGUCUUUGUGCUCGGAACGCUUCCGUGAUUGGCAAACCAAGUUCACGUCACUGGACCUCCAAUGUGCGGAGCUCACUGGUGACACUGAUCACGCGCAGUUACGCAGCGUCCAAAAUGCAAAUAUUAUCAUUACCACCCCUGAGAAAUGGGACAGCAUGACUCGGAAAUGGAAAGAUCAUAUCAAACUAAUGCAGCUGGUUAAAUUGUUUCUCAUCGAUGAGGUACAUAUUUUGAAAGAGGCCAGAGGGGCCACACUGGAAGCUGUGGUGUCUCGAAUGAAAUCUCUGGACUCUAAUGUUCGAUUUGUUGCGCUCAGUGCCACGGUUCCAAACUCCGAGGAUAUUGCGGCCUGGCUGGGUAAGGAUCCUACUAACCAACAUCUCCCUGCUCACCGCGAGAGGUUUGGCGAAGAGUUUAGACCAGUUAAAUUGCAGAAGUUCGUCUACGGCUAUCAAAGCAAUGGCAAUGACUUUGCGUUUGAUAAAUCUUGCGAGGCAAGACUUCCCGAAGUCAUCGAAAAACAUUCACAGAAGAAGCCAAUUAUGAUAUUCUGUUGUACCCGCAACUCCUCGAUUGCAACUUCAAAGUAUCUUGCCAAGUUAUGGACGUCCACAAAUCCCCCCAAUCGUCUAUGGAGUGGUCCAACCAAGUCUCUUGGUGUUCAAAAUCCCGAAUUAAGGGCAACCAUUUCCUCUGGCGUUGCAUUUCACCAUGCUGGCGUUGAUGCUGGUGACCGCCAUGCUGUCGAAAACGGAUUCCUCUCCGGCCAAAUUAAUGUGAUUUGUUGUACAUCAACAUUAGCGGUUGGUGUGAAUCUGCCUUGUCAUCUAGUGAUAAUAAAAAACACAGUUUCAUGGCAGGAAGCUGGCUGCAAGGAGUAUGCGGAUCUGGAAAUGAUGCAGAUGCUUGGACGAGCGGGAAGACCUCAGUUCGACGACAGUGCUGUUGCCGUUAUACUGACAAGAAAAGAAAGAGUAAACCACUAUGAGAAACUUGUUUCCGGAAGGGAACCUCUCGAAAGUUGCCUGCAUUUAAAUUUGAUCGACCAUCUGAACGCUGCCAUUGGUCUUGGAACCAUUAAUGAUGUCGAAUCUGCUACGAGAUGGCUUGCAGGAACAUUUUUCUUCAUUCGUUUGCGACAAAAUCCCGGUCAUUACAAUUUGAAAGAAGGAGCGAACAGGUCAGAUGAGGAACAAAUACUGAAAGAAAUUUGUGAAGAGAAUAUCAAGCGUCUUCAGGAAUGCUCACUUGUAACUGACGAGGAGCCCCUAAAAUCGACGGAGUUUGGAGAUGCAAUGGCUCGGUAUUACAUCAAGUUCGAAACUAUGAAGUUGUGUCUCUCCUUACCCCCUAAGGCUAAAAUGUCUGAGAUUCUUUCAGUUGUUGCGCAGGCCGAAGAAUUUCGAGAAAUUCGACUAAAGUCUGGUGAGAAAUCAUUAUACAAGGAGUUGAACAAGGGAAACGGCAUUAAAUUUCCCAUAAAAAUUGACAUCGCCCUUCCAGCUCACAAGAUAUCCCUCCUUAUCCAGUCUGAGCUGGGCUCAGUCGACAUCCCAACUGGCGACCAGUACCAAAAACACAAGAUGUCAUUCCAACAGGAUAAAGGAUUGGUUUUCUCCCACGCCAAUCGUCUGAUUCGAUGUAUAAUCGAUUGCCAAAUAUCACUCCAUGACUCAGUGGGAACUAGACACGCUCUUGAACUUGCUCGAGGUAUUGGUGCCAGGGUGUGGGACAAUUCUGCAUUGCAGAUGAAGCAGAUAGACCAGAUUGGUGUCGUGGCUGUGAGAAAGCUUGCGAAUGCUGGUAUUAAUACUCUCGAGGCCCUCGAAGCUACAGAGCCGCAUAGAAUAGAAAUGCUGCUAAGCAAAAAUCCUCCCUUCGGUUCGAGGAUCUUGGGAAAACUGGCAGAGUUUCCAAAACCUAGGGUUUCUCUUAAGUUAGUGAGGAAGGAUAUUAAACACGGGAAAACCGUUAGGAUUGGCUUCAAAGCGGAGAUAGGGUUUAUCAACGAAAAGCUCCCAAUUUUCUUUCGUCGAAAGCCCGUAUAUGUCUGUUUUCUCGCAGAGACGUCGGAUGGGCGAAUGAUUGAUUUUAGACGUAUUAGUGCAAUCAAACUACAAAAUGGCCAUGAUAUCUUGCUCAGUGCAGAAUUAACUGACAUCUUUCAAUAUAUUUCAUGUUAUGUCAUGUGUGAUGACAUUGCUGGGACCAUGCGUCAGGCGGAACUCCGACAUGAUAUCCCAGCUUCAUAUUUUCCAACGAAGAGAUCAGAAACCCCUGGUGAUGGUGCCGCGGCGAAACAAACUAUGAACACGUCCAGGAGACGUAAGAGCGAAAAUUUUAGAAACAGGGUCGAGACACGGAAAGAUGUUGAUGAGUUUGAAGAUGAUAGUCUCGAUGAUAUAGAUCUCAUUGCGGCAGCUAAAGAUAUGGAUUAUAAUUCCCUUGACGAAUUCAAUGGAAACUAUGAACUGCCCAAGGCAACAUCGUUGCCGAACGAAAAGGCUGCACCGUGUAGGAAUGUCAAAGACUUACACGCAAACGAGCCUAAGGAGCCUGUCCGGUUUGAGAAUGGGAAUUGGGCUUGCAAUCACAGGUGUAAAGAUAAAACUAGGGAGGGUAUAGAUAGACCACCUAAACCGAACAAGAGACAGGAGCCAGCAUCAAACGUUCAACAAGGGAAAACUAAUAUAACCUCUAAAGAAUCUCGAAGCUAUUCUGAAUGGACCAAGAGCCAGAGCCCUCAUCCAGCAAAGGAACAGAAUAAAAACAAGAAUGUCGAAAUUGUUGAUCUGUGUGGAGAUGACAAUAAAAGCUCUAAGCUGGCUGCUACCAGGUCCCAUUCCAAAGGGGACAAAAGUUUUCAUAAACAAAAGCGUAUUGAAGAGUGUAGUGGGAAGACAGGGCCGCGUAAGAAAAUUUCAGGUUUCGCAUCAUAUUCACUGUCGAAAGGAAACUCGCUUGACCUAUCAUUCUUCGACGACGAUGGAUUCGAAGGUCCAAAAACACCCUUCAGGAAAAAAGAGGCUUCCAGUGAUUACGGGAAUUCAUGGGUUGAUGAUCUCCCGUCUCCCAAUACCUUGCUGCGCACACCCUUGAGGAAAGGGAAAGAGACAAAAAGCAAUACAAAAUUCAAUAUCUUCAAAGAUGGAGAUGAAUACAUUCCAUUUCACACUCUAGAAAAUGGUGAUGAUAAAUAUAUGAAAACGAUUUCGCCAAUGGUUCUGAAUAAAACAGACUCUAUGGUAUCUUUUCCAGAUGAUGCCAGCAACAAGCCCACCUCCAGUCCAGAAAAGGGUUCAAUGAUAAGCAACCCCUUUCUAUCCUCAUUAGUGGUGAAGCAACCUACCAUGGGAACCAACAGCUCCUUUACAGCUCGAACUGUCUCCACCCCUUUAUUCCCCUUGCCUGGCCCCAACCCAAUCAUCAUCGGCGACAACAACGACGAUAACAUUGAUUCAGAUUUCAUCAACGACCAGAAUUUCUUCAAGGGGAAAAAGAGGAAAGAUGGCUUUAAUUGCACAUCACGUACAAAUCACGCUGACAAUAACGGCUCCGACGACAACAUAAUGAUGGUUAAUGAUUACGGCUACGACGUCAUCAAUAAAAUCCCGCAUAAGCGACGCAAGUAUAAUCCUGCAGAAUCUGAACAAGCCAUGGAUGCCUCAUCCUCUAUCAACUUCGGUGAUCUCCCUACCAUGGUUGAUGAGCCACCUGCUGCGGGUGAUGAGCCAGGGUUCCAGGAGCUGGAAAAGCAGAGAAAUCGUCCCGGAAGCUUGGAAGGACUUGAUACUUCGCUGUUGGAGGAGUUUAAAGACCUCGUGAACUUUUUUUAA